AUGGUUUCCCGAGAAGUGAUCUUCCCGGCCAUUCAGUCAACCGAUCUCUCGGAUCACAAAGAGCUAGGGACUGGUUGUUUUGGGCGAGUGAUGACGUGUGUGUACAAGCCGAUUGGUACGGUGACCGUCAAAUUUGCGUUGAGUUUACGCAAGACUGAACAAGAAGAACUACAAAAGGAAUUCGAGUACUUGAUCAAGAUUGGCACAAGUCAUCCGAAUAUUGUCAAGGCGUACGGUCUGAUCCAGGAUCCAUUCGACGGUCGAGGGCUCGUCAUGGAGUACAUAUCGGGUGGCACUUUGGAUGCACUUUUUCAACGCAAAGAUCUCACCUAUAAAGUCGACCAUAUUGUCUCUUGGAUGGCACAGAUUUCGAGUGCUGUUGCACACAUGCACACGCACGGAAUUAUUCACCGGGAUCUUAAACCGAUAAACAUGUUGUUGGACCCGAGCUACACACAUUUGAAAGUUUGCGACUUUGGAUUCGCACGGGUCAUUGAUCAGUCAAUGAGUUUACGGACGGGCUCUUGGUUCUGGAUGGCACCGGAAGUAAUGAUUUCUGGCCAUUACGACCAAAAAUGCGAUGUUUUCUCGUUGGGAAUCGUGCUCUGGCAGUUGACCGCUAGAGAAAAACCCUACUCGGAGUUGAAGAAAGUCUCCGAGAUUGAGUAUAUGCAACUGGUCGGGAAACAGGGAGUCCGACCUCGGAAACUCGGCUGUAUCCCCGAGUUAGAGCAAUUGAUGGAAUGGUGCUGGGAAAGUGAUGCUGAUCAACGGCCAAGCUCGUCCGACGUGCGCGACACUUGCACCGAGAUGUGUCGGGUCUACUCAAGCGGUUUGCAUCCACCGAUGGAGCUGUACGAUGAGGCUGAGCAGCUGCAUCCACCGAUUGGCGCUUUUGAAGGCUUACGGUAUCUGGAGACCACCGCACCCAACAGUGAGGACUUCUUGUCGAAAUCAAGGCGGCGGGACAACUUGGUGGAUCUGAUCUCAUCAAGGAGGUCACAGAAGCGUUUGGACGCCCCAGUGGAUAUCCCGAAGCUCGAUCGCCCCAUGCUUACCGAUCUAACACUCACCGCACUCUUGACUAUGAGCAGCAAGGGUGAAGUGCUCGACAAAAUGUCGGAGCUGGACGAAUCGAGUGCUUCUAAGCCUUCCGUGGACUCCAGUUUGCCCGAAAAUCUGAUCGAAGUGGACGAAGUCCACCAACGGCUUUCAAAUGAGACAAACGGGUUGCUGGAGGUGAGCGAUGGCGGAAUGCCGCACGUACAUUUUGGAGAGACCACAGUUUUGGUGGGAUUGACCCCGUUGAGUUCAACGCUCAGCUUGGCACCGUCUUCAUUUGCUCACUCGCCGAUUCCCGAGCCAUUACAUCAAAAUUCGCAAACUCUAGUGAACAUGUACUACCCGGGAGCCACUGGAACAAACGACUACUCAACUCGUCAUGAUUCUUUACUUGAAUCAUGGCAAAUUCGAGUAAAUGAAAACACUACUGGUAAUGCUGGAACGCACAGCAGAACCGACGGUGUUCUGAAAGUGAACGACGAGACGGAGAUCCAUUUCGAGACAACAAAUUUGUCGAAUCAAACGCUAACCGGCACGAAUGACUCCCAGCCAUUGAUUAGGCCGUUGAAACUGGAUUCGAUUCGAAUUGGUGCAGGAGCUGUGGAGGAGAAAGAACAACAAAGGCCGUCUCCCUCCUCACUCGACAUCGAAACCCCGCCACCAAGACACAAAUAUGUAUCCCUAGUCACUAGUCCCGGCACGAUGAUUCAAAUCUCCGGAAUCCCGAACGAGUUGCCCAGAUCCUCAACAAGUCCAAGGGUUUCAACAAAUACCGAGAUUCCUAUGGAAGCAAAGCAAAUGAUUGGCACCUAUGGAACGCAGGAGAAAGCUUCUUCAGGAGAAGCCGAGCCAUACAAUACCAGUAGUACUGUGAGGACUCCAACGAGUCCCUUCACUUUGCCGGCUAAAAUCGAGACCUAUAGUGAAACAAAGCGGACUAGUGGCAACUAUGGGACACACGCAAGAGCUUCACCAAUUAAGAAUGAAGAAAAUCGGGGAUCCGAUAGCCCUGUGCGAACUCCAGGGUCUUUACCACCUACUUCUCCUGCGUUCUCUUCUAAGAAGCUCCCAAUCGGGACCUUAAAUGCUUAUUAUGGACAGCACAAAGAAGAAAAUUCAACUCAGAAUGUGGAAACGAGCAAUUCUGCGGCAAGCCCUACAUUCAAGACCUAUCAACAAUACCGAGACAUGCAGAGAUCAUCUCCCAGUCUCCUGGGUAGCACAUCAUCGACUUCCUCGGAAAGAAAUAACAAUUUCGAAAGUUCUCAAAAGUCUACCGAAUACGCGAAUGAUCACCUCUUCGAGACAUACGCGAAAAGCCGAGAACGAAAAAUUCCGGAGCCAAUCUCGCUGAGAGACGAGGACCACGACGAACCGGUCUACCCCGAAUCUCCGGCUCCACCCCUGCCCACUCCGGUGACCCCGAAUGCUCCGAGAAUUGCCCAAUUCACCGAUUAUGACCUUAUUCAAAGGGUGAUGAACGAGCAAGCCCCAGAAGAAGCACCACAAGAGAAACAACUCAUUCAGGUUGAGCAAAGCGCUGAUAUCGAUCGAAUGACGGAGAAAGACAGAAAAGCAUACUUGAGUCAAUUCGAAUCGCCGACAACGAAACCGACAAAACUGAUCCUCAACCGGAUGAAGCAAUUCGAGAAUCAACCAAUCAUCCCGCGACCAGAGCGAUUGCGAUUAAAAGAAGAUGAGAAUAACGUUUGGAUAAAAUCGACAAAACUCCCGAAAGCAGAAUAUAAAACGGUUGGAGAACGAGCAACGCUCUUCGAGAAGAAAGGCCCAAUUUUACCGUCUUUUCGU